CAACUCUAUCAGAAAAUUUAAUGUAUAAAUUGCAACUUAAUGUGGAUAGAUUAAUUAAUUGUUUCAUUUAUAAUAUUCUUUUCUCUUCAUCCUUUUCAGUUUCUUACUGUCCUAAAUGUCUUCAAAAAAUGGCAUCAAACUCAUCAAAACGCAACAAAAUUUGCAGCAUUUAGCUCAAGGAAAAUUGUGGAAAUUUGUAGCCAUUUCAGGGUUCCUUCUCUUCUUGUUCUACAUUUUGUUUUUGAACCAUUUUUUUAAACAUUCUUCACAUCAUUUAGCUCUCUCUAAACUCAUAUGGCCAGCUAAUUCAUCUCCCUCUCCUCCCACCAAUAUUAGCCACAUUGUUUUUGGCAUUGCGGGCUCCUUAAAGGGAUGGCAAGUUAGAAAACCAUACAUUGAAUCAUGGUGGCAAAAAAAUGCGACAAGGGGGUACCUGUUUUUAGAUAUUCCUCCUACUAAGGAGUUUUUGCCAUGGCCAUUGUCAUCGCCACCCUUCAGGGUCAGUGAAGACAUCUCUCAUUAUGCGAAAAAUAUGAAGUUUCAGAUUCGAGUAUUUCAUAUGAUUCUAGAAGUGUUCAGAGAGGAAAAUAAAGAUGUGAGAUGGUACGUGAUGACAGACGAUGACACUGUUCUGUUUGUUGAUAAUUUGGUUAAUAUGCUAGCAAAGUAUGACCACGCUCAAAACCUUUACAUUGGGACAAAUUCUGAGUGCAUUACAUCAAAUUAUGUUGCUUCUUUUGGCAUGGCUUUUGGUGGAGCUGGAAUUGCCUUGAGCUAUCCUCUAGUUAAACAACUAGUAGGAAAGCUAGAUGAAUGUCUGGAGAGAUACCAGAAUUUGUUUGCCAGCGACUUCAUGUUAUACUCCUGUUUGACAGAUUUCGGAGUUGCCCUCACUCCCCAGAAGGGUUUUCAUCAGAUUGAUCUACACGAUGACAUAUCAGGUUUUCUAUCAGCUCAUCCUCAGUCUCCGGUGCUAUCCCUCCACCACAUUGAUGCCAUAAACCCGAUCUUUCCCUUUCUCGAUCGUUCAGAAUCCAUAAACCAUCUGAUGAAGGCUGCAAAAGUUGACAGUUCACGUCUCUUGCAGCAAACGAUAUGCUACCACAGGCAUAACAACUGGUCUUUCUCCAUCUCCUGGGGCUACUCGGUGCAUAUAUAUGAAACGAUAUACCCUCGAAAUGUUCUGGUGAAACCCCUUCAGACAUUUCUGUCAUGGCAAGAGAACGAUAGGCCGCCACUUUUCAUGUUUGACACCCGGGAUGUCCAGAAUAAUUCAUGUGAAACACCCCAUGUUUUCUUCUUCCAUUCCUUGAAUAAUUCUGCAGGAAACCAAGUUGUUACAACCUAUAUCCGAGCACCACCCAGAAACCUGCCACCUUGUAUGAUCCUUGACAAUCAUUCUGCAGAUUCCAUUUACAAAAUUCAAGUUUUUUCUCCUGCAACAAGAAGCAAAGAGGAGGGAAAAAUCGAAUGUUGUGACGUUGAGGAGAUGAAUGAGAUGGAUGUAGCUGAAAUCAAGUUAAGGGCAUGCCGGGAAGAUGAAAGUAUUUAAUAUUUUCCUAAAUUCGAUUCAAAAUUUCUAUGUUCAGCAAGAACUCUUCAUGUUCCAGAGUUCUUGGCGAAUUUUCCAGCUGAUUUAUGCAAGAAAUCAGUGUGCAAGAACGUUGAUUAUCUUCUGUAUCGUAAUUUAUAGUUAUCUUCAAUUUUCAUUUACCGCC